AUGGUGGCGUCUGAUCUUUUGUCUUUGAUCUUCCUCGCCCUCUUCUGGGUUCAUGCCACACAUGCAGACUCAACGGUGGACAUGAUUGCCCGCUCAUGCAGGAAGACGCCUGUGCGCAACGCAUCGCUUUACGUGGAUGGGUAUUGGCAUCUGGUAGUAUCAAUGGAGCAGGAGAUGGUCCGUAACAAGUUCGCGUUUAAUGAAAUGGGCGAGCCGCCCGAUCGAAUCUAUCUGUUUUCGCAGUGCAUGAACGAUCUUUCAGGCGAAGAGUGUAAAAUGUGUUUCGACCAGAUGAAGACCCUCUUGCCCAGUUGCUUUCCUAACACAGGCGGUCGUGUUUAUGCUGACGGGUGCUUUCUCAGGGCAGAGAAUUACAGUUUCUUUGAAGAAAUUAUUGAGCCAGUUGAUGACAUGCAGAUAUGCAGUGACAGUAUGGAGGGGAGACAGGGGUUUAAUGAUACAACGAGGGAGUUGGUGAUGGAAAUUGCAAAAGAUGCACCACAUAACAGAGGCCAUGCAGUGCAGCACCAGGAGUUGGAAUCAGGUGCAUCCGUCUAUGCCAUGGCUAAUUGCUGGAAGACUAUCAACGCCGAAAUGUGUUCUAUAUGCCUCGGAAAUGCAGCUAUGGCUUCCUUAAGUUGCCUGCCAUCCUCAGGGGGCCGUGUCAUGAACGCUGGCUGCUUUUUACGUUACGCUGAUUAUGACUUCUUCAGCAGCAGCACUGAAGCUCCCAGCAUGUUAUCUUAUGCUAUUUAUGCUACGGGAGUGGUUGCUCUCUGCACUUUCACCAUUACAAUUGGAUUCUGUGUUGGGAAAACUGCUUACCAAGAAAGUAUUCAGGAGCCAAAACUAAAAAGAAUGGAGACGGACUUAUCAGUACAAGACAAAAGCCUGCAGUUUUUGCAGUUCAAGUACUCAACGCUGGAGAGAGCAACUGACUGCUUCAAUGAAGCUCACAAACUUGGUCAAGGAGGAUAUGGUGAAGUCUUUAAGGGAACCUUACCAGAUGGUAGAGAAAUCGCGAUUAAGCGUUUGUAUGUAAGUGGAAAGGGGCGUACAGAUGAUGUAUACAAUGAAAUGGAUAUCAUUAGGAGAGCCCAGCAUAAGAACUUGGUUCGUUUCCUGGGCUGCUGCUUCACCCACAUCGAUAGCUUCCUUGUCUAUGAAUUCCUCGCAAACAAAAGCCUUGACCAUUUCUUAUUCGACCCAGAGAAGAAGAAGGAACUAGAUUGGAAUAAAAGGCUUGGAAUAAUCAUAGGAACAGCUGAAGGUUUGGAAUACCUCCACAUGGACAGUCAAGUGCGAAUUGUUCAUAGAGACAUCAAAGCAAGCAACAUUUUGUUAGACUUGAGACAUAAACCCAAAAUUGCUGAUUUCGGGCUCGCAAGGUUUUAUUCUUGUGACGAAAGCCUCAUCAGCACUGCCAUUGCAGGCACACUAGGGUACAUAGCUCCUGAAUACCUUGCUCAUGGAAGACUAACUGAGAAGGUAGAUGUCUACAGCUUUGGGGUUCUUGUGCUCGAAAUAGUCAGCGGUCAUCGGAACAGUGAAUUUCAACCUACAGAAACGUUUGAAACUCUUGUUACUAAUGCAUGGAAGCGCUUCCAAUCAAAAACAGUAACGGAGAUAAUCGAUGUAAGCAUGGAGAUGGAAGACGUUGAAGAAGCUACAAGAGUUAUUCAAGUGGGUUUGUUGUGUACACAAGAAUCGGCCUCUUUACGUCCAACCAUGACAACGGUUAUUCAAAUGCUUAGAGAAAAGGAUGCCCAUUUGCCGGUGCCAUCCAAGCCUCCUUUCACCGAAGAAUCCAUGGAAAUAUCUCCCUCAUUUGAAUCUUCCCGCCGACGACCUUCUUGUUUAUCUGAUUUAUGUACAUUCCACAGUUUCAAAACAAGUGAGCCCGAAUGAUUCCUUUUUUAUUUUCAUUGGGCU